UGAUACUUUAAAAUAUGCUGUACUCGCUUGAUCUUAUUGCGCAAUUUGGUGUAAAAAAUACCGAAUUUUGAAAAUUGGAUCAACAUAUACCCAAAUCUGUUAUAUUAACUCCAAUACUGUACAAAAUUCUUCGCCAAUUCAACGCAGCUUCAUCAUCGACGCCAUCUUGGAAAGAUUGAUUAAAAUCCGUCAUGCACGAAACACUUUAAUCUAUUGUUUUUCAUUAAUUGAUAUAGGGUGUGUGCAUAUUUUAGAUACAUCAUAAUUAUUUUUGAUACAUGUAAAAUGAAUUAAAAAUAAUAAUAUCUAUAUAUAUGUUUAUAAAAUAUACCACGUGACUUUUUUGCACGAGUUUUUCGGUUUGAGGUCAUAUUGAGUUCGUAUGCAGUGAAGACUAGAGAUGUCGGUAAGUUUAUAUGAACACGUGUAUAUUGUGAUUAUUCGUAUUCAUUCUCUGAACUUUCUGCAGAUUCUGAAAUGAUAUAUUUGUAAAGCAUCAAUAAUAAUUGAAUAAUUUUGGUUUCAGUAAUUGUUAAUUUACUUCAAUAUUAUAAUUUACAUACUGGUAUCAUAUGUUUGAACUUAAACUUUGUUUUCCCAGGGAAAAAUAACAAAGGGUAACAACCCCGGAAAAAAUGUAAAAAAUCAGCCAUGUAGGGCAAAGGUUCAUCACAGUGGUCCAAUUGAUACUACUUACAUCAAAGACAGUGUCGCCCGGUCGAAGGCAGUGUCUAAAAGAAGACCGACAAUAAUAAAGAAAAUGAAAGAGAUGCACAGUGCAACAGGAACCAAGUGGUGGGCUAGUUGGGAAACAGAAAGCGGACAAAAGGGGACAUUUACAACAGAAGAAGGAAAUAAUGACGAAGAAGUUAGCCCUGGGACAAGUUCUACCAACAUGAUUGACCUAGAAAGAACAGUGGAGGUCACUUACCCUGCAACGGCUAAAGAUGAUGAGGAGGAAGAAAGGCAGCAGCCAAGGAGAAAGAAGGCAAAAGUGUCCAAUUGUGAGAUUUGUGGGAAAGAGCACGUGGGGAAAAGUAAAAAGGGAAAGGAAAGGAAAGUGUGUAAUUGGCUGAAAUGUGAAGUAUUAGAAUGUAAUUAUUGGGUACAUGCACUGUGUGUAGGUUUCGUAUAUAAAAAAGACUCGGAUGUGAAAAAUGUGCAAUAUUAUUGUCCGAACCACAUUAAAAGAUUCAUUUGACAAAUUGUCCUUUUCUUUCAUUUUUUAUGUACAAUUUUGGCGUUUGGACUUUCUUUAUGAUUUUUUUUAAAUAUAUAUGUUAGUGUUUAACUUUCAAUUUUUGCCAUCUUUCCUCAUAUGCCAAUGCUUCAUAAACAUUUCCAGUUUCUUUAAUUUCCGAUAUUGUACAUUCAAUUAAUAUCGUUAUCUGUUCUUUGGUUUUCCUUGUAAUGUCAUUAAAUUUGGCCCGAUUUUGAACAGUUAUAAAAACUGGUUCCAUUGAAUAAUUUCUCUUUGGAAUAACACCACUUGAAACAUUUUCAAGAUAUUUAUCCAUAUUUCUUUGACAUUUAUUUUAAAAAAAAAAAAAGUUCUUCGUCAAG